CUCCAAUCUUUCAUAGCCACCAUCUUAUACUUUUCUUUCUCUCUCUCUCUCUCUCUCUCUCUCCCUCCCUCCCUCCUCAAGUAGCCCAACAAUCUCUCUCUCUCACACAACAGGAGAAGAAACAAUGGAUGGUAACAGCAGCUGCAUAGACGAGCUCAGCUCAACAAGCGACUCUGUUUGUGUCCCACCACCGUCGAAAUCCUCGCCGCCGCCGCUGCCACCGCCACCGCAGAGCCUCUGCCGCCACGGCAGUGGCACGAGCGUAAUAGUGGACUCCGAGGGCUGCGUCGAAGCCGAGUCAAGGAAGCUGCCCUCAUCCAAGUACAAGGGCGUCGUCCCUCAGCCGAACGGCCGCUGGGGCGCGCAAAUCUAUGAGAAGCAUCAGAGGGUGUGGCUCGGCACCUUCAACGAGGAGGAUGAGGCCGCGAUGGCCUACGACGUCGCCGCUCAGCGCUUCCGCGGCGGAGAUGCCGUCACCAACUUCAAGCGGAAGUCUGAGGCUGAAGACUACGAUCUCGAAGCCGCUUUCCUGAGCGCCCAUUCCAAGCCGGAGAUCGUGGACAUGCUGCGGAAGCACACAUACCGUGACGAACUCGAGCAGAGCAAGAGGAAGUGUUUGAACUCAAACGGCGGUGGCAAAAGGGCAAGUAUGACGGAAGUCCUCGGAGAUCUGUCCUCACCAGGAGGGAUUGCGAUGGUCCGUCAGCUCCUUUUUGAGAAGGCGGUCACGCCGAGUGAUGUAGGGAAGCUGAAUCGGCUCGUGAUACCAAAGCAACAUGCAGAGAAGCAUUUCCCCCUGCGCAACGGCACGAGCUCUGCAACGUCGAAGGGCGUUUUGCUGAAUUUCGAAGACAGUGGAGGCAAAGUGUGGAGAUUCAGGUACUCGUACUGGAACAGCAGCCAGAGCUACGUGCUGACACGGGGUUGGAGCCGGUUCGUGAAGGAGAAGGGCUUGACGGCUGGAGAUAUCGUGAGCUUCCACCAGUCGGCCGGGCCAGAAAAGCAGCUUCAUAUCGGGUACAGGAGGAGGAGCAGCCUGGGCGGGUCCGGGCCUGUCCUCCCGGUCCAGAUGGUGAGGUUAUUCGGGGUAAACAUCUUCAAAGUAUCGGCGGCCGGUGGUGGCGACGACACUGGCGAUUGGAGUGGGAAGAGAAUGAGGGAGGUGGAGUUGUUGUCAUUGGGGUGCAACAAGAAGCAGAUGGUGAUUGGAGCCUUGUGACAGCUUGGGUCUGUUUAUUUUUAUUUAUUUUUUAAUUAUUAUUUUGGGUUCAUUUUGUAAUUUUGCAGUCUCAUGGGUUCGAUUUGGAAGAAGGACGAGGGGGGAGAUGGGACUUGGGAGGUAGGUGAACAGAGAAAGUGGUGGUGGUGCAAUUGCAAGUUGCAAAGGAUGGAAUUUGUAGAGACUUACAAAGACAGAUGCUGACCUGAGGAAAGCUGAAAUUAGGUGCAGGAAAGGGAAAAAGAAGAGGUUGAUAGAAUAAUUGUAAUAAUGAGAAAGGAAUAGAUAAUGAAUAGAUAACUGUCAAUUUGCUUCUGGGCAACAUGAGCUCUUUUGAACUGUUUCUUUAUCUCGUGUUUUGCCCUCUAGCACAAGAACCCUAGCUUUUGUUGUUUUCGCGCUGUGGGGUCGCGUUGCUUCUUAGAAAUAUCCAUGUUUUCUUCGUUUAACA